CACAAAUGUAAAGAUAAGAGAAAGAUGUUCUCAAAAUGACACAUCGAUUGUAUUGUGAUUGUCAUCCUAGAUCUUCAAUGAUAAAUAUCUGUUUUACAUCAGUACAGUCGAUGGAUGUCCCGAGCUAGACUUCUGAAAAUAGAUCAGUAAGAGAUGCUGUAAUUCAUUUUAUGUUACUAUGACGACACAUUAUGUUACUUUGACAACAUUCAAUACACCAGCGAAAAAUCUGUCUUCGUAUGCAGAAACCAUGGAUACCGCCAACAAAAGAAACUCUUCAAAUAAUGAUAUAUCUAAUACCGAAACCGUUAUAGAUCAGUAUUUACCGCCAUUGCUCAUUGUAAUAGGUGCCAUUUCAAACAUACUUGUGAUAAAAAUCAUGCGCAGUGUCUUUUUCCGGUUUGUCUCCACAUCAUUCUUUAUAUUAGUCACUUCAGUUUUGGAUGUUUUUAGUUUGCUUGUGCUGUUAACAGUUCACUGGAUAAAUGCAAAUUUUCCCGAAAUAAUGUAUCGGGGAGAGCAUGCGCAUAUCAUGUGUAAAAUUUUCAAUUUCACUGGAUGGGGGACAAGUGACCUUGGCAUAAUUCUAACCGUUGCCAUGACAACAGAAAGAGCAUUGGCGAUUUUGUUUCCAAUGAAAGCACAUAUAUGGUGCACUGUGAAAAAAGCAAAGGAGAUGUUUUCAAUAUUAACUUUAGUUAUUAUUAUCAAGGACUUCCAUUUUCUUAUUACUUCCGAUAUGACGCCAGCAACACGUCGAGACCUUUUGUGUUUUGUUUCUCCGUCAAGUAAAUUUUUUCAAACUUUUUGGACAGAUGUUUGGCCAUAUCUACACAACGGAUUUCUUUUGGUUUCGUUUUCAAUUAUAAUGAUAAGUAAUUUCAUCAUAAUACGACAUAUUAGGGAAUCUGACAAAAUAUACAACAGUAAACUAUCUGAAUCUAAACAAAAUUACGACACACACAAUAUGUCCAAGCACCAACGAGGACACUCUAAGCGUCGACAGAUAGCAAUAAUGUUAUUGGUGGAUUCAUUCACUAUAGUGAUAUGUACACUUCCGUUUUCCGUAUUUGUUACCCUGGAAUCAAAUAGUGAAUUUUUAAACAGCAAUUGGAAUGAAAAGCAAAUCAGACAUCUCAUAUCGUCCUUGGGAUUUUAUUUGCUUUAUGUCAAUAGGUGUUGUAAUUUUUUCCUUUAUUGUAUUAGCGGAAGACGGUUUCGCAAAGCACUAACAAUUGUUGUUUGCAGAUGGCGACACACUAUAGAAGAAAGGGUCUUAUCUGAUAAUUUCAACUCGAAAAAGAGUAGCUCGCGACCUACCAAUGCCAUUGUGUCGGUAUCACAAGAUGUCAGAAACAGCUGCCAUAGUUUUAGCACCAGGUUAUAA